GGGAAAAGAGGGAGAGAGACAGACAUAAGCGGAGGAGAGCGGACAGAUAAGACGAGGAAGGAGGGCUCGGAAAGAGGAGUGUGGAUGAGAGCGUCAUGCCCGCUGAGAUCGACACGGGCGGGCCAAGGGUGCUGCACUGUGAUUACCGUGCCGACUGCCCGAUACCGAGUAGCUUCGUCGCUUCCACCGUGCCUUCUUCCUCUUCCUUCCGCGAAGAGAAGAGGCGGAAACUCGUGCCGCGACCCAGCUUGCAACGACAUCCCAACGUCGAGAAUCGUCGCUCCCCCAUCUCCCCCCCGAUCGCGCUACACCACCACCCUUCUUCUUCCCUUGGCCGUCGAAUAACGGGAAUAAUUCUCGACCACCCCCGCCAUCCCCCCCGCCCCGAUAACGCGACAACAACGUCGCGACGGCGAUCGUCGUCGGCCGCGAUUCGAUGCGAGGUAUCGCCGUCCCCGUCGGAUCGUCAUCGCCGCCUUCGUCAUCCUCCUGUUCAUCCUCGCAGCCGCCCCGCUCCUCCUCCCUCUCCUCGGGGACAUGUCGCGUUCGAGCAAGAGGAAUCCCGACUCGCCGCCCAGAAGACCCCUCGUCGAGAUCCUUGGAUAGCGGAUCCGGGGAAGAAGAGGAGGAGGAGAAGGGAGAAGAAGAAGGGGACGAGGCGAGGCGACGAGGACGAGCGCGACCAGGUGGAUCGUUGCUCGUUGGAUCGAAGCGAAACGAAGCGAAACGACGACAGACUCGACGAGGAGGAGGAGGAGAAGGAAUCGAGGAUCCCGUUCCGUUCGAGGAAACGGCGGGAAAACGAGGAGGCGGCGGGUCAACGAGGUGGUCGAUACUGGCGUCCGGACGAAGAAGAAGAAGAGGAAGAAGUGGAAGUGGAAGUGGAAGUGGAAGAGGAAGAGGAAGAGGAAGGAGACGAAGAAGGAAGGUGGUGCUCGCGAGGACGCGAGGAGCCGGCGUGGAAGAAUAGUGGUGGUGGUGGUGGUGGUGGUGGUGGAGGUGGUGGUGGUGGUGAUGGUGGUGUGGUCGCGAACCGUGGUGCACGGUUCUCUAGUCACUGGAGCGAGGCUUGGACGUACGACGAGGAGGAGGAGGAGGAGGAGGCGAGCAUUGCGUUUCUUCCGUCCUUGGCCGAUGAAACGUGGAAGGAAGUGGAAGACGCGACGAAUUCCUCGAGCGGUGAGUCGCGCGUCGCCAAGGUCGUGGCCGAUCCCAGCCAGAAGACCGACUUUCCUUCGUUCGACCACGAAUCCUUGACGACGACGACGACGACGACGACGACGACGAGGACGACGACGAGAAAGACGACGACAACGACGACGACGACGACGACGACGAGGAGCGAGCGUAGGACGAGGAAGAAGAAGAAGAAGAAGAAGAGACGCGCGUGCACCGCGGCCAACGAUCGUUCCACGUACAUUCAGUUAGCGUUACUCUUGUUCCUCGUCGCGUUCGGCCAGUGCGCACUCGGCCGAUCCGCCGGUGUGUUCAACAAGAAUAAUUACAGUGCGAGACCGAGUACGAUCGGGUUCAGUGUGUUGGCGAUUGGCACGGUUAUCAGUGCAGUGAGUGCCGCGCCCCUCGAUUUGACGGGUGACGCCGGGGUGAGGGCGGAACGAUCGGCCAAUUUGUCCCACAUCACGGGCGCAUCCAGGAAAAUCCAGAUGUAUAUCAAGAAUCGGCAUUUGCAGAUCCUGCCCGAUGGCACGGUCAACGGUUCCAACGACGACACUUCGGAUUACAGUGAGUACAGUCCAUUCCUAUUACUACCGUUUUACUACUACUAUUACUACUACUACUACUACUAG